ACUAUCUUGACUGCGCACACUCUUUGACGACGUAACACCGGAUAGGCUUACAACCCCGGAAACAAAUGCGUUCAAGCUAGCUGCUUGUGUUGUAUGGAAAAUAUGAAAUCUUCUUAUUAACUACUUUGAAAAGCGUCGUGAUAGAGAGGAGGCGACGAAGCUACGCGAAUAUAGGUCACUUUAGAGCAAGAACUGGCCGCUGUACAAUAUGGACGGUGAGAUGGACGGCUCUGUGGCGGUGUCGGAGGACUCCGGCCACGGUAGGAGACGUAGGGUGCACGGCAUGCUGAAGCUCUACUACGGGCUAAACGAGGAAGGAAAGGCCGAGGAGCAACCGACGUCCCUGGAUCCCUGCGACAUUAACGGGCCGCAUUUCGACCCCGAGCUCUUCCUCAACAAGCUCAGAAGGGAGUGCUCUCUUGCGGAGCUGAUGGACCAGGAGACUUGCAUGGUCAAGCAGAUCCGCUCUUUGGACAGUGACAUGCAGACGCUGGUGUAUGAAAACUACAACAAGUUCAUAUCUGCUACAGACACCAUUAGAAAGAUGAAAAACGAUUUCAAGAAGAUGGAGGAUGAAAUGGAUUGCUUGUCUGCUAACAUGGCAGCCAUCACUGAGUUCAGCGCUCGUAUCAGUGGUACUCUUCAAGACCAGCACGCGCAGAUCACAAAACUCUCAGGGGUUCACACUCUGUUAAGAAAACUGCAGUUUCUGUUUGAAUUGCCUGCUAGAUUAAAUAAGUGUUUGGAGCUGCAGGCCUAUGCUCAAGCAGUGAGAUCCCACCGCCGUGCCCGCUGUGUGCUGCAGCAGUACAGCCACCUGCCCUCCUUCAAAGGAAUUCAGGACGACUGUCACGCUAUCAUGGACAAGCUGGCACAGGAGCUUCGGCAGAAGUUCAGGGAUGGUGGAUCAAGUGCCAAAGAUUUGUCAGAGUGUGUGGAGCUGCUGCUACAGUUGGAUGAGCCAGCAGAAGAGCUGUGUGAUAAAUUCCUGAGCCAUGCGCAGUCUCGACUAGAGUCGGACCUCCAGGGUCUGGAAGCUGAGAUAAGACCGUACCCGUCUGCUGCAGCCAUGAAAGAUGUUUCUGCACGCAGGUUGUCAUCUACUGCAGCUGCUGGAUCACCAACAGAUAAUUCCCCUAAAAUGAGUGCAAUACCUUCUCCCACUUCAAACACUGACAUACUGGAAUUCAUUGACAGAGGCUGCAACGAAUUUGUCAGCAGCUUAUGUUUAGUUAUUACAUCCUAUCAAGAACUAUUUAUCAACCAUGCUCACAAAGGCGAGCUAGCAUCCAAAAAUAUUCCUCAGAUGGCAAAUGGGAAGUUGCAUGCGUUCGUGGAUGAUCUGGCCGCUCGAUAUUUCUCGCUAGUGGAGCGGAGAAUACAAGAGGAGAAAGGUGUUGCAGAUAACUCCCUCUUAGUCCGCGCACUUGACCGCUUCCACCGCAGACUUCAGGCUAUCGCCAAGCUGCUGCCAGGCUCUGCUGUGCCAAACCAAGGGACUGAGAUUGUGAUCCGGGCAGCAACAGAGCGAGUCAAGCAGUACCUCGCUGCGCUGCAGAGCUUCUACAUGGACAGCCUGACAGACGUGAGGCAGGCCCUGGCGACCCCUCGGCUCUCUGUGGCCAGUGCUGCAGCGGCUGGAGGCGGAGCUCUUCUAGGGGGUCCGGCCUCCGGCAGAGAUGCUCCAUCCAGCCUGCCAGAACUCCUCUCAUCCCUGUCAGCCUCUAUUCUCAAUCAGAUUAAAUCAGUGCUGGCAUCAGUGCAUCUCUUCACAGCUAAGGACAUUACAUUCUCCAACAAGCCUUACUUCAAGGGUGAAUUCUGCAGCCAGGGUGUACGUGAGAGCCUGGUGGUGAACUUUAUAAAGUUUGUGUGCCAGUCCUCUCGCCAGUUUUGUGAGAGCGCGGGAGACAAGGGAGGUUCGACUCCUCCGGCCCUUCUGCUGCUGCUCUCCCGCCUCUGCUUGGACUAUGAAACCUCUACUAUCUCCUACAUUCUCACUCUCACAGAUGAACAGUUCCUUGUGCAGCACCACAGUCCUGUGACACCAGUCACAACUUUAUGUGCAGAAGCCAGGGAGGCAGCACAGAAACUACUGAACCAUUAUGUGAAGGUUCAAGGUCUGAUUAUCUCCCAGAUGUUAAGAAAGAGCGUGGAAACACGAGACUGGGUUAACACCAUUGAGCCACGAAAUGUCCGCGCUGUGAUGAAGAGAGUGGUGGAGGACACCACCUCGAUAGAUGUCCAGGUUGGCCUUUUGUAUGAAGAGGGUGUGAGGAAAGCGCACAGCAGUGACUCCAGCAAACGGACUUUCUCUGUUUACAGCAGCUCCAGGCAGCAAGCCCGCUAUGCUGCCAGCUAUACUCCAAGUGCUCCCAUGGACACUAAUCUCCUGAGCAACAUACACAAGCUGUUUUCUGAGAGGAUUGACAUCUUCAGCUCAGUGGAGUUUAACAAAGUCUCCGUGAUGACAGGAAUUAUCAAAAUCAGUUUGAAGACGUUCCUGGAGUGUGUCCGUCUGCGCACCUUUGGCCGUUACGGGCUUCAGCAGAUCCAGGUUGACUGCCACUACCUGCAGAUGUACCUGUGGCGGUUCGUCUCCGACGAGAACCUUGUGCACUUCCUGCUGGACGAGAUAGUGGGGAGCUCGGCCCACCGCUGCCUGGAUCCUGCCCCAAUGGAGCAGAGUGUGAUCGAAGUCAUCUGUGAGCGAGGCUAAAGCUUGGCGUGCUGCACAGACAGCUAGUGUGCUCCAGACGCCAUAUCACAACUUCAGAUGUGAUAAAUGUUACAUUAACCAAUCCACAUUUAAUUAUACUGUAAAAAGGUUGUUUUGCACAAAAUCUCAUUAACAUUUGUGAAGAUUUCAAUACUCCUGUCACAGCCUCAAGGAAAAAGCGAUGAAACUUUCUGCAUAACAUUUUAAGCCUUUCAACACUAUAAAAAACCAAACAACAAUUGACUAUUUUAUCAUCAAGAAGAUUAAAUCAUUGUCUGACAGUGAAUUUGAGGCAGGUCUAUGUUACAUUCCAGGCACUAAGCAUACAAAGUGUACGAAGUGUACAUAAGUAGUUAGAAUGAGUAGAUAGAAACUAAAUUAAUUAUCCAUGACUUGAUCUAAAAAUUUUAGCACAUAUUCCCCUUGAAGGAGAUGUGUUUCAUGUGAAUACAGAUUCUUAAUGACAAAAAAGAAAAGUUCACUCUUGUGGGAAUCUCAUGUAUUAGUAAAUGCUUUUUGGGGGGUAUUUGCUGAGUAAUUUGCAGUCUGAAUGUCAUCUGGUUAUAUAAUCCAUGUUUAACACAGCUGCCUUCAGAUGAGCUGAUUGUUUUCUGUGCAUCUCUUUUGCAGAUCAACACUAUCUUUUAGGAAUGUUCUCGAUUAUAUGUCCACAAUAAACCUGUAUGAAUGUGAGAUUCAA